AUGGACGCGCGUAAGAGCAGCAGCAUGGCAGGCAAGUCGAAGAUGAAGAUGAAGGUAGGGGCGACGCCUACGGUACCUUCCAAAAGUCUCUCAUCUAAAGAAGCCCACAAAGAGACCAUCGAAGAGAGCGAUAGCUCGUAUGGCGCCAGCGAUGAAAAUGAGGACGAUGACAAUGACAACAUGGACGAAGAAGACGACGAGGUCGAUAUACCAUCACAAACCGGUCGCAGUAAAAAGACUAUGAAACGUAAACGGCGCGCUGUAUCCCCUGGCGCCUUCGGUGAAACGCUCGAGCAGCUCUUAGGCGUGGGCCCUGCCGAAGACGACAAAGGCGCCCAACCUGGCCGCGAUGGUAUUUUGUCUAUGGCGCCAAGUAUCCGUCGCACGGCCAAUGCGACAACGUUGCGAGCGAAAGCAGCUCGAUUGGCUCUGGAGCAACGCCGUGAACGUGAGGAACGUGCGCAUAUCAAGGACGUCAUUGGUGAUUGGGGUGCACCAGGUGUGCAUGCAGCAUCUAUGAAGAACGCUACAUCGUCGGCAGCCAUUGAUGCGUGGCUUGAAAAUGGUGGUACAAAAGGAUAUGAACGUCGGUUACGGAAGACCGCUCAACGUGGUGUGGUAAAACUGUUCAAUGCUAUUCGCGCCGCUCAGACGACAACAGAAGAGGAUAUUGAUAAGGCCCGGUCUUUGCAGACUACCAAGCAAGCUAGGAAAGUGAACGCACUUGGUAACAAAGACAUGGCUGUCAAGCAACUUAGCAAAACACACUUUUUGGAGCUAUUGCGCCAGACGCCCAAAGCGAGUGCAAGUGCUGCCCCAGGUCAAGGCCCAUAG